AUGGGUGUUCCCGCGCUAUUCCGUUGGCUCUCCAACAAAUAUCCGAAAAUCAUUUCGCCCGUUAUUGAGGAGCAGCCCUAUGAGGUCAAUGGAGAACAGAUCCCCGUCGACACCACGCGUCCGAACCCCAAUGGGGAGGAGUUGGAUAAUCUAUAUCUGGACAUGAACGGUAUCGUCCAUCCAUGUACUCACCCAGAGGGAAAGCCUCCACCGGCGAACGAGCAGGAGAUGAUGUUGGAGAUCUUCAAAUACACCGACCGAGUUGUGAACAUGGUCCGCCCGAGGAAACUUUUGAUGAUCGCUGUUGAUGGUGUUGCGCCACGAGCAAAGAUGAACCAACAGCGCGCACGUCGUUUCCGCUCUGCGCAGGAGGCUAAGGAGGCUGAUGAGAAGAAGGAAGAAUUCCGGAAACAAUUCCUCAAGAAGAGCAAAGGUGAUCAGGAGAUUCAUGAAGAGGUUAUACAGAAGACGUGGGACAGCAACGUCAUCACCCCCGGAACUCCUUUCAUGGACAUUCUCGCUGCAUCCCUGCGAUACUGGAUUGCGUAUAAGCUCAACACGGAUCCAGCUUGGGAGAAGCUCAAAAUCAUCAUUUCGGAUGCGACUGUCCCGGGAGAAGGAGAACACAAAAUCAUGGAGUUCGUCCGGUCGCAACGAGCUGCGCCAGAGCAUGACCCCAAUACUCGCCACGUUAUAUAUGGCUUGGAUGCCGACUUGAUUAUGCUGGGUCUCGCUACUCACGAGCCUCAUUUCAGAGUGCUUCGAGAAGAUGUGUUCUUUCAGGAGUCUAAAGCCCGAACAUGCCACCUAUGCGGCCAGGCAGGUCAUAAGGCUGAAGAAUGCAGAGGCCAGGCAAAGGAGAAGAACGGACAAUUUGAUGAAAAGGGCAAAGGCUCAUCGCUCAAACCAUUUAUUUGGCUCAAUGUUUCUAUUCUCCGGGAAUAUCUUGCCGUCGAGCUGUAUGUUCCGCAUCAGCCGUUUCCUUUCGACCUGGAACGAGCCUUGGAUGAUUGGGUCUUCAUGUGCUUCUUCGUAGGUAAUGAUUUCCUGCCACACUUGCCCUCUUUAGACAUCCGGGAAAACGGCAUCGAUACUUUGAUAGCGAUAUGGCGAGACAAUAUUCCUAUUAUGGGAGGGUACUUGACCAAGGAUGGCCAUGUUGAUUUCAAAAAAGCUCAACUUAUUCUGCAAGGGCUUGCAAAGCAGGAAGAUGCUAUUUUCCGCCGCCGUAGGCAAGUUGAAGAAAAAAAGCUCGCGAACGAGAAGAGGCGCAAGGAAGAGGCACAGGCCCGAGACCGUGCCAGGAAACGACGAAGGAGCUCACCUAACUAUGAACCCUCUGAGCCUCCCGCAAGCAACCGAGCCCGCGGCGGCGGCGGCGGCGGCGGCGGCGACUCAGCGCCACCUAAUGACGUGGAGUUAAUCAUACCUGGUCGAGGAGAACUAUCACGAGAAAACCGAGAGCUGACACACAGCAUGGUGGUCAACCGUGGGGCUGUUUAUCGGGCGAAUAUGGCUAACAAGAGCGCUGCGGCUAUCUUGAAGAGCAAACUUAUGAAAGGUUCGCAGGAGGGUGACGACACUGCAGAGUCCACGCCAAUGCCAGACGCAGACGAACCUUCGGACAAUAAAGCAGAACCGACGUCGCCAUCCGUUCUUGGCAAAAGAAAGGCAGAUGAGCCAGAGGGCGAGACAGAAACACCGGCCGACAACACGGACUCUACUCCUAAACCUUCCAAGGAUGAUGAGAUGCCUCCUGAUACUGUCCGCCUCUGGGAGGAGGGUUACGCUGAUCGCUAUUACGAGCAGAAAUUUAGCGUCGAUCCUCAGGACAAAGAGUUCCGCCAUAAGGUCGCACGAGCAUAUGCGGAAGGCCUAGCGUGGGUUCUUUUGUAUUAUUUCCAAGGGUGUCCAUCAUGGAAUUGGUAUUAUCCUUAUCAUUACGCACCCUUUGCGGCUGACUUCGUGGAUAUCGGUGAUAUGGAGCUAUCUUUUGAGAAGGGAACGCCCUUCAGGCCAUUCGAACAGCUCAUGGGAGUCCUUCCAGCUUCGUCAAACCACGCCAUUCCCGAAGUGUUCCACGAUCUCAUGCAGGACCCCAAGAGUGAGAUUAUUGAUUUUUACCCUGAAGAUUUUGCAGUGGAUUUGAAUGGCAAAAAGUUCGCUUGGCAGGGAGUUGUUCUGCUACCGUUCAUUGACGAGAAGCGACUUCUGACCGCCAUGGAAAAGAAAUACCCUUUGCUCUCCGAUGACGAGAGACAUCGCAAUACUAUUGGCCGAGAGGUCUUGCUGCUUUCAGACGGCCACCCUCUAUACCAGGACUUGGUCGCCAAUUUCUACUCGAAGAAGCAGGGUGCCCCGAAAUACACGUUGAAUAUGCGAGUAAGUGAAGGGUUGGCAGGAAAAGUCGAGCGCAACGAAACGUAUAUCCCACAUAGUUCGUUGGUAUCUUCGCUCGAAGAAUACGGCAUGCCCACUUUGGAGGAUGACCGGUCCUUGACGCUCAACACUCGGGCCGUUCGUUUGGCGGUGUACCGUUUCGCGGUGGCCAUGGCAAUAGGGGUGGGCGAAUCAACUACGCAAGCGACCGACCAAAUCCUUUUGCAGCGCAUCUCGAUCCCAACUUCAUGCCCCCGGGCAAUUCAGGUGCUCAGGGGAUGCCUUCUGGCUGGGCUCCCCCAGUACCAGGAUCUGCGAACUUCUCCCGGGGUCCCCCACCCCCUCCUCGCGGAAACCACCGGAAUCAUUAUGGCUCAGGACAUGCUCAGCAACAAGGUUAUCAGCAGACGAACUAUGGGCGAAACGACUACUACGGCCGUGGUCAACAGGGACAUCAACAUCAGGGAUCCUACGGCAACCAAUCCGGUCAAUAUAGCGGACGGCAGUCUGGCUACGGAGGGGCUGAACAUCGGGGUGGAGGCUAUCAACGUGGAGGAUAUCAAGGCCAAGGCCAAGGUCGGGACUACUACAAUUCCAGGAACCAGGGUGGAUAUGGUCGAUCUGUUUGGCCAGAUACUUAAACGGGAAAGCGGUACGGAGAACGGCCGGCGCAAAUCAUUGGCAGUUUUGCGAAUCCGGGGCGACAUCGGAGAACGAACGAUCCCGUGCGACUCUCCAACAAUGGCCGAACCCACUAAGAUAAAGAUUCUGGGGCAGGAGAGUAUAAUCGCUGAUUUCGGUCUUUGGCGUAACUAUGUUGCUAAGGACCUGAUCAGCGACUGUCCCUCCACAACCUACGUUCUCAUCACCGAUACGAACAUCGGAUCGAUAUAUACCCCCGGAUUCCAAAAGACCUUCGAGGAUGCCGCCGCCACCGUUUCCCCCGCGCCACGGUUGUUAGUUUACCAUUGUCCCCCAGGGGAGGUCUCUAAAUCCCGGCAGACUAAAGCAGAUAUCGAAGAUUGGAUGUUGAGCCAAAGCCCCCCGUGUGGCCGUGACACCGUGGUUAUUGCGCUGGGCGGAGGUGUCAUUGGAGAUCUGACUGGAUUUGUGGCCUCGACCUAUAUGCGUGGUGUUCGAUAUGUCCAGGUUCCGACGACCCUCCUCGCUAUGGUGGAUUCGUCAAUUGGUGGAAAGACUGCGAUUGAUACUCCACUGGGAAAGAACUUGAUCGGCGCAAUCUGGCAACCGACAAGAAUCUACAUUGACCUGGAAUUCUUGGAAACGCUUCCCGUGCGGGAGUUCAUUAACGGCAUGGCUGAGGUCAUCAAAACGGCUGCCAUUUCUAGUGAAGAAGAAUUCACUGCAUUGGAGGACAAUGCCGAGACGAUCUUGACUGCUGUCCGAAGUGAGCGUAAGCCGGGCCAACGUUGGUUUGAGGGUAUUGAGGAUAUUUUGAAGGCGCGGAUCCUCGCAUCCGCGCGUCACAAGGCCUAUGUUGUCUCUGCAGAUGAACGAGAGGGCGGUCUCCGAAACCUUCUCAACUGGGGUCACUCCAUUGGCCAUGCUAUCGAAGCAAUUCUCACUCCUCAGGUUCUUCACGGAGAGUGUGUUGCUAUUGGUAUGGUGAAAGAAGCAGAGCUUGCCCGGCAUCUUGGCAUUCUCAAGGGUGUUGCUGUAGCCCGGAUUGUCAAGUGCAUCGCCGCUUACGGAUUGCCUACGUCGUUGAAAGAUUCGCGCAUUAGAAAACUCACCGCCGGAAAGCAUUGCUCAGUUGACCAGCUGCUUUUCAACAUGGCUCUCGAUAAGAAGAAUGAUGGUCCGAAGAAGAAGAUCGUUCUUUUGUCGGCUAUUGGACGCACGUACGAGCCAAAGGCUAGUGUAGUUCCCAAUGAGGAUAUCGGCGUUGUUCUUGCCCCGAGCAUCGAAGUACACCCUGGCGUAGAGCCAGCAUCUAAUGUUAUCUGCAUUCCUCCAGGCUCAAAGAGUAUCUCCAACCGAGCUUUGGUUCUUGCUGCUCUUGGUUCUGGAACUUGCCGUGUCAAGAAUCUACUGCAUUCGGACGACACUGAAGUCAUGCUGAACGCUUUGGAAAGACUCGGUGCCGCAACCUUCUCCUGGGAAGAGGAGGGUGAAGUGCUUGUAGUAAAUGGUAAAGGCGGAAAUCUUCAAGCAAGCCCCUCUGAGCUCUACCUCGGUAACGCAGGUACUGCCUCUAGGUUCCUCACCACUGUCGCAACCCUUGCCAAUGCAAGCACCGUAGAUUCAAGCGUCCUCACUGGCAACAACCGCAUGAAGCAAAGACCCAUUGGUGACCUGGUGGAUGCACUGACAGCAAAUGGUGCAUCAGUCGAAUAUAUGGAACGGAAAGGCAGUCUUCCUCUCAAGGUAGCUGCGUCUGGUGGGUUUGCAGGAGGAAGAAUCAACCUUGCUGCCAAAGUGUCUUCUCAAUACGUAUCGUCUUUGCUCAUGUGUGCUCCUUACGCUAAGGAGCCAGUCACAUUGAAACUGGUGGGUGGUAAGCCCAUCUCUCAGCCUUACAUUGACAUGACAACGGCGAUGAUGAGAUCCUUCGGUAUCGAUGUGCAAAAAUCCACAACCGAGGAACACACAUACCAUAUUCCUCAGGGCCGUUAUGUGAACCCUGCCGAAUACGUUAUUGAAAGCGACGCUAGCUCUGCGACUUAUCCUCUUGCGAUUGCAGCGAUUACUGGAACAACAUGCACCGUUCCUAACAUCGGAUCCAAAUCCCUCCAAGGUGAUGCCCGUUUUGCUGUCGAGGUCUUGGGGCCCAUGGGCUGUACCGUCAAGCAGACUGACACUUCGACCACUGUCGUCGGACCGUCCGAUGGUAUUCUGCGGCCGCUGCCGAACGUGGAUAUGGAACCUAUGACCGACGCAUUCCUUACAGCAUCUGUUCUCGCUGCUGUUGCUCGUGGAGACGGCGCGAGCCAUACCACUCGUAUUUAUGGAAUCGCAAACCAGCGUGUAAAGGAAUGCAAUCGUAUCAAGGCCAUGAAGGAUGAGCUCGCCAAAUUCGGCGUUGUCUGUCGGGAGCACGAUGAUGGACUUGAGAUUGACGGAAUUGACCGCUCAGCUCUUCGGCAGCCAGCUGGCGGCGUCUACUGCUAUGACGACCACCGCGUUGCUUUCAGCUUCAGCGUACUUUCUCUCGUGGCUCCUCAGCCGACCCUCAUAUUAGAAAAGGAAUGUGUAGGCAAGACAUGGCCUGGCUGGUGGGACACUUUGAGGCAGAAGUUCUCAGCCAAGCUGGAGGGUAAAGAACUGAAAGAAGAGGAAUCAUCACCUCUGGCUGGUGCCGGAAGGGCCAAUGCUUCAGUCUUCAUAAUUGGAAUGCGUGGUGCCGGGAAAACUACGACUGGCCGCUGGGUCGCAAAGACGUUGAAUCGUCCAUUCGUCGAUCUUGAUACCGAAUUGGAAAACGUUGAAGGUCAGACGAUUCCGGAAAUUGUCAAGCAGCGCGGCUGGCAAGGGUUUAGAGAAGCCGAGCUUAACCUCUUGCAACGCACUUUAAAGGAACGCUCAACUGGUUAUGUUCUCGCAUGUGGUGGGGGUAUAGUUGAGAUUCCGGAGGCCAGGAAGUUGCUCAUCGAUUAUCAUAAGAACAAAGGUAAUGUCAUGCUAAUUAUGCGCGAUAUCAAACAAGUGAUGGACUUCCUCAACAUUGACAAGACCCGCCCCGCUUACGUUGAGGAUAUGAUGGGCGUAUGGUUGCGCAGGAAGCCAUGGUUCCAAGAGUGUAGCAACAUCCAGUAUUACAGCCAACAUGCCACGGGUAAGCUCUCUAAGGCAUCAGAGGAUUUUACCCGUUUCUUCAAAGUUGUUGCCGGUGAAGCGGACAACCUGAGCAUCAUCAGGCGCAAGAAGCAUUCCUUCUUCGUGUCUUUGACCUUGCCCGACUUACGAACUGCUGGCGAUAUUUUAGAAAAGGUCUGCGUGGGAUCCGACGCCGUGGAACUCCGCGUCGAUCUGUUGAAGGACCCAUCAUCGGAUAGUGACAUCCCGUCGGUCGACUAUGUGGCCGAGCAGAUGGCUUACCUGCGCAGCUACGUUUCGCUUCCAUUGAUAUUCACGAUUCGCACUAAGAGUCAAGGCGGCCGUUUCCCUGAUGAAGCGCACGAUGCUGCAAUGGAGUUGUAUCGCCUCGCGUUCAGAUCUGGAAGUGAAUUCGUGGACCUCGAAAUCGCUUUCCCCGACGAAAUGCUGCGCACCGUCACAGAGAUGAAGGGCUACUCAAAGAUCAUCGCAUCACACCAUGACCCCAAGGGGGAGCUGUCAUGGGCGAAUAUGUCUUGGAUUAAGUACUACAACAGGGCUCUUGAAUACGGCGACAUCAUCAAGCUUGUCGGUGUUUCAAAGAACCUAGAUGAUAAUACGGCGCUCAGAAAAUUUAAGAGCUGGGCAGAGGAAGCGCACGAGACGCCAUUAAUCGCUAUUAACAUGGGCGAUAACGGACAACUCAGCCGUAUCCUAAACGGCUUCAUGACCCCAGUUUCUCACCCUAGCCUGCCUUUCAAGGCUGCUCCUGGUCAACUCUCGGCGACCGAAAUCCGCAAAGGAUUGUCUCUGAUGGGAGAGAUAAAGCAAAAGAAGUUCGCAUUGUUUGGCACCCCCAUCUCAGCCUCUCGCUCCCCGGCUCUCCAUAAUACACUGUUCUCCCAGACGGGCCUUCCUCACGAGUAUGGUCGUUUAGAGACGGCGAACGUUGAAGACGUCAAGGACUUUAUUCGGUCCCCUGAAUUUGGAGGCGCUUCCGUGACAAUUCCUUUGAAGUUGGACAUCAUGCCCCUACUCGACGAGAUCACACCAGAAGCCGAAAUCAUUGGCGCCGUGAACACUAUCAUUCCUGUCGCCGAUGGAGACAAGCCAGAGCGCUUGGUGGGAACCAACACUGAUUGGCAAGGAAUGACGCUGUCCCUCCGUAACGCCGGUGUUGAGACUACCAAUAAGGAUGUCAGUGCCCUCGUUAUCGGUGGCGGUGGUACUGCCCGCGCUGCCAUCUACGCCCUCCACAGCAUGGGAUUCUCUCCCAUUUAUGUUAUUGGACGAUCGGCCGCCAAGCUCCAGAGCAUGGUCUCGACCUUCCCCUCCAGCUACAAUAUUCAGGUCGUCGAGAGCCCGGAGACACUAAAGACGCUUCCCACCGUGGCCAUCGGCACUAUCCCUGCCGACAAGCCGAUCGACUCUGUUAUGCGUGAGACACUCUGCCACAUGUUUGAGCGCGCUCAAGAGGCCGAUGCCGAUGUGGUUAAGACAGGGGAGAAGGCACACCGUGUUCUUCUUGAGAUGGCUUACAAACCAUCCGUGACAGCAUUGAUGCAGUUGGCUUCCGAUUCUAAUUGGCACACUAUUCCCGGGCUGGAGACUCUGGUUGGUCAGGGAUGGUACCAGUUCAAACAUUGGACUGGGAUCUCUCCCCUCUACGAGGAUGCAAGGGCCGCCGUGCUUGGCUCUUAG